UAUACUGUUGGCAAAGACAAUUAUAGUAUCUCAUUAUCAGCUACAAACCUGAGACCAGUGAUAUGUUGUUCUAGUUUACAAUAGUUUGUACUCAGUAGAAGUAGAAAAAUAAGCAUGAAAUUCCUGUUGGAUUUUAUUUUAAUUCUUGUGGCUGGUCAUCUUACAGGUAAUACGCAUGCGUUAAAGGUUUCACGAGCUUCCCAGAGAUUAACCAUCGAACUGAUGAUAGUUGCAGACUACAGUGCAUUUAAUAAAUGGUACCAGCUUACCUCAUCCUCUGACUCGCACUCACACCGUGUGAACGAGGCAAAGCAGAACCUGACAGAAUAUAUUGGAACACUUAUACACUCAAGCAACAAUGUUUAUAGAAGCCUUGAAUCCCACAACAUUUACAUCAAUAUCAAACUGGUUGACGUCCUCGUUAUGACGUCAGCUUCCGAUUCACCCUGGACCGAGACAGUAAAAGUAAAUGCAGGAUCAGAAUAUACAGUAGAUCCCAGGAAAGCGCUGCCCAUCUUUCAACCUAAAUCAGUGGACCUUCAGCGGACGAUUCCUCACGACCAUGCAAUGAUUUUUACAAAGUAUUCAUUGGCUCACGGAGGAGGGUCAACAUUUUCCGGAUAUGCUUACACGGAAGCAGAAUGUAAGCAGAAAAGUGUCUCAAUAGUGGAAGACAAUGAGGACUUUUACACGGCCCAACUUAUGGCACAUGAAAUCGGUCACAGUCUUGGGUGCGAUCAUGAUGGUGAUGGCAAUUCGUGCCCCGUAGGUGCUGGCUAUGCAAUGGAAGCAAAUUUUAUACUGGCCAACAAAAAUAAAUGGAACUUCUCCUCUUGUUCAGUAACGGCGAUCAGGAACUACCUACAAGAUCUGGACUCGUAUGUACUAUAGAAUUAUCGACUCGUAUGUA